UUACAGUACAGUUGAUUUGACGUUUGUUUUAUCAUGACUUAAUAGUUGCAGUUGCAGUGGUCUAUUAUUUAUUAUUUCCGCGGAAAAUUACUUUUAGGGAAUUCAUAUAGAUAAACAAAUUAAAUUAUAUCCCUAUAUAAAUACAAUGGAAGAAAACGUGGAAGAGGAAAAGUGCACCAUCAAUAGUUUGCCUGACGAAAUAAUCUCCUUGGUAUUGUUGAAUAAUGAUUACAGGGAUAUUGUAAGUUUUGGUUCUACAUGUAAACGCUUCAAUGAGUUGGUACAAAACGAUCAAACUCUCUGGAAGCUUCAGUUUAAGCGCACGUUACCAGUAGAUCUAAUAGAAAAUGUAAAGAGUGACUGUGAAACUGAUUGGCUGGCUGAAACCAAAAGGUAUUUCACACUUAAACAGCAACUAUAUGCUGAAGUGAUAUUAAUGUCUCCCAAAUUAUAUAGAAGGAGUCCCGACAUCAGUUUAACAGAUAUUGAACCUUUCUUCGAAUUAGCAUUAUCUCACAACUUAAAUUAUUACUAUACAAUUCAUAUAUUGCAAAGCAUGGUGAAGUUUGGUUCAAAAAAUUUGGGAAGAGAGCCUAUUAAAAAGCCAUAUACACUAACUGAUAUCCAUUAUGCCAAAAUUGUACUUCGUCAUCUAAUGCACACAUUCCUUGCCUUCAAAUGGGUAAAGAUGCAUCACAAAGAUGAAUUGUCACCAGAAAGAGUUGUAAACUUCUUUAUUCAAUGGACUGAUACAGAUUUGAUAUAUGUUGAUGAAGAAGUAGAUAAUGAGGUACUCGAACUUGUCAAAAAGGUGGAGGACUUAUUGGAGAAGCCUUCUAAAUCCAGGCCAGGAGAUACAGUUAAGGAACUAUGUGCUGAAGGGGUUAUCAAGGAGAGACAAGUGCUUGAAGCCAUUUCUCAAGUGAUCUACAGUCAAAGGCGCAUGGCUACUGUGUCAACAGCAAACGUGGACACUCUUAACAUUAUGAAGGUGUUAAGUGGCAAUUGUGGUAAUGUCAUAGCUAUAGGAUCAGUUUACAAUGCAGUAGCAAAAAUAUUUGGAAUAAACUGUGAGCUUAUUGCAUUUCCGAACCAUUUGUUCCUUGAAUGGCGAGAUUGCAGUGAAAGGCAACCUAAGCUGUAUACUAUUGAACUAGCUACGGGGGACAUACACCCAAAACGGCGAUGUCCGUUUUCACAAGGAGGACCCGUGAGCACCUACAAAUAUUACGCGGAUUCCUUACUCCAGUACAUUUAUUCCGUGUUUCAUGCAAGUAUGGGAGCCAUUAAAAAUUGGCACACGCAAAAUUCUCUACAUCUGUUAGAUUUUCUGGGAACAGAUAACCAUGAAUAUAAUCCAUACAAGAAUUUCCUUCCGUACUUGUUAGAUCUUACUCAUUUACCCGCAAUGAAUAUGCCACUCGAUCUUAAAUAUCUUGACUCAUCGCAAAUACAGAUUAUAAGAUCGUUAACGAAUUUAAACGCUCCAUUCAACACUGCGCUCAGAGAUCUGGUCGUGAAGAACCACAAUAGUCGUGUCACAUACGCCGCUGGUAUGAUUUGCUACCAUAAGAAGUAUGACUACACGUGCAUAGUUCGCGGCUGGGACGUGACCUGCGCCGUUGAGUGGCAGGAAAUUGAUACCCUAGAAUUCGCGAACCAGCCAUUCUACCACGUUAUAGCAGCUGAUCAGUCCGAGAGAUAUGUGGCUCAAGAAAAUUUGCAACCUGUACCAAGGCCGUGCAGGUUAUACCAUUUAGAAGAUUUUAUUGCUCGUGAGUUCUCCCACUUCGACGGAUUCGCAUAUGUGCCCAACAGUGAGAAAAUAGUAGAAUACCCUGACGAAGCUCCCAUUACCAACACGUACCGCAACCACAACCACCUGCGGGCAGCGCCACCUAGGCCAUAAGUUUAUUACAUUUAGAAUUCUAAUUAUCCAUAUAUCGUGUAUAACUUAUUUAUUCUUAUUGGUGUAAUAU